CAAUUUUACGAUUGGGAGGGCAACUUACAAGCCCAGAAAGGAGUUUAUCGGUUAAUCAAGUAAAAUCUGAGUCAAAUCUGAGCAUGCCCGACUUCCUCCCACAGGAAAAGUUGACAGGUGGGUUAGGAUAAACAUGGUUAGGAAAAUAAAAUAACAAUUGUUGUGAAUGAAAUAAAUAGUCCAAGCUUAGUAGGUAAUAUAAGUAGGCGCAAUACUUGAUGUAAUCGGUUACUGAAAAGCCCCGAUGGGGUAUGAGCUGAAUAAUCAUAAUAAUUAUCAUUUGCUGAUUAAUUUAACGCAGCGCGUAAAACAGUAAAAACUCUUUGCUCUGUAUAGUCAUGCAGUAGACUUUCCCAAAGUCCUUUCCAGUUUUUUUUCGCGGUUCGUAAGUACGCUGGAACACUUUUAACGGGACUAAUUCCUAAGUCGUUUUAACUUUCAAUUAGUUAACAUUCACGACUCAUUAACGAAAACGAACGAAUAUUCAGUUAUGUUAUAUUCAUUACAUGUCUACAACAGCACUCUGUUGCUUUUGAACACUUGAAGACCCCAGGUGGCUUUCGUUUUCACAUCCAAGCAUCGACCGAGAUAACUGAUCCUGCAUAAAUAUUUAAGAUUUUAUGUUAGCAAAAAAUUCACUCGAGAAAAGAUAAUAAUCUGAGAAUGUGCCAGGGCAUAUGAAGGGAGAGGUGGGCAUUGCUGCAAAUCAUAAACGUACGUUAGGUUUAGCCCACGAGUCUCAUUGUGUCCUGAAUCGCCCUAUACUUUAUUAUUUUACUCUGUCUAUUAGUAAUGCCAUGCAGAUGAUUUCAGUUGUCCAGGGGAGAGCGCUGGCGCUCGGUGGGUAGUUAAUCCUUUAAGUGGAAUUGUGCUUAUAUAAUGUGCAUUCCCUAUAUUUUGUGUCCAUCAAGGGAAAAGUUGUGGCACUGUGAAUGGGAUGAACUGGUUAUAACUGACAUUUUUGCUUGUAAAUCAACACCCUGCAUGUCCUGUAUCUAUAUAAAUAUACAGCUACACAGUGGAAAUAUGGCAUUCACGCGCGUUUGAUUUCAAAGCAAAUUGCACUCCACUCAGUUCAAUUACCAUUAUUUAUCUUCUAUAUAAAAAAAAAGAUAAGAUAAUAGAAAUAUAUGAGGGGCAACGCGAUAUCAGCUUUAUCGCACGAGGGACAAUAGAGCAUGGGUCAUUUAUGAUAUUGUUUUUAUCCUAUAGUACCCUUUUAUCUAUAUGGAGGCUUCCAUAUGUUUUAUUGUCGAGUUUUAUUCCGUUUUCAGUUCACCAAAAGCAGGAUUGGCAAUUCUGUGAAUACCUCGUUAUUCCAAUGCCCAUGUAGAUACACGAUUAUUGCAGUGUUGUUUGGUCGAAAGUCAUGAGAGUGUUGUUAUACCUGCGGCCUAUGAUCAAUCAGAAAGUGCUACCUAAUUUAUUUUAAUAUACUUCAUGUUCCACUAGACUGUUGCUUCAAUACAACUUGCAAGAUAAAAAUUUGGUUUAAGCAAUGGUACAAUUGCUAACAAUUAUGAUGCUCGUGUGUUCUCUACUCAAUCUUACAAAAGGAUUAUAUAUAAAUCGAGGUACGUACGUAGGCUAUACAUGCAAUCCUAUAUACAUGUCUAGCCGUUUCAAGCAAGGGACGAGCAAUUUAGCAUAAAAACCUAGUUCAGCUGUAUGUUAACUAACCGGCUCCAAACGCCGGGUUUUCGCUCACAGCGACCAAGUGGUUUUUAAUGGUUUUCACGUGGUUCAGAUACAAAAAUUACGCGGGUUGCAUUAGAAUAAAUUUUAAAAAUUAGAACAAAACAAUAUACAUUCCGAAAAUACUUAACAUUUUAAUCAACGUUUCGACCAGGUUUCGGUUAUCGUCAGGAAUCUGAUGAUGACUGGAACUUAGUCGAAAUGUUGAUUAAUUAAAAUGUUACCUAUUUUCGGAAUGUCUAUUGUUUUGUUCUUUUCAGAUACCAAACGUGACGGCUUAAUGUAUAAUACUAAUUACUGAAAAAUUAUGUAACUACGCAGAUAGAUGCAAACGCGUCUUGAGAGUUGAGUGCAUUGCGCGGUACUGCACAAAAAACAAUGUUGAAGUCGGCAAAAUUUCAUCAAUGAAUUUCAGUAGCCAUGCACUAGUAUUAAUUCAAGCGAGGACGGAUUUUAUACAUUUAGCAGACCUAACCAGGAGCAUUUGCGAAAAAUGCAACUAUACAUGCAGAUAUUGUGGGUGGUAUUCAGUAUUUACGUUUUUAUCGUCGUUUCCAGCCCGUAUAUGUAGUGUUUUCCUCUCCCCUGUUUAGCUAGCACUUUGUGAGGCCAGGGCGGGUUGAUGUAGAAAUAAAUGAGACCGGAAGUGAAGUGAGUUAGGUCUGUAUACAUGCUAGCCAUCUUUCGGUCACGCGUCAAGCAUAAAAUAAUGCAUGUAAAGACCUACUGAGAUUUUUCGAUUGAAUGUCCAAUCAAGUCAGGCACGACUAUACAAACUCUCCCAUUAGGAUAAAUUUGAUUAGUGACUGAGCAAUGCAAAAACUAACAAGUAAUGAGUGAUCUUGGUGCUAACCCAAAGACUAACUGUUUAUAUGUUUAUACCCCCCAGUUAUAUGGUUAAAAAGAUUAUUCCCGAGUUGAACCUGAGAAAAUUCAAAGCAGAAAUAUGAUGCAUGAGACUACGCUAAGCAUGCUCUAAUUUUAAUUCUUCACAGGUUGUGGCAGGGCAAAGCUUUUCCUUGGUAAAGUAGUAAGUGGUCAACCAGCUCGUCCUAACAGCUGGCCGUGGCAAGUUUCAUUGAGAAGUGUUGGUAGCUCACAUCAUUUCUGUGGUGGAUCUUUGAUUAGUGAUCAGUGGGUAGUUACAGCAGCUCAUUGUUUGGAGAGAAGUUCUGCUUCCAGUCUUAACGUAAGAUUAGGUAAGUGCCACUGUGCAGCAUUAUAGUAAUGGUCAUCAAUGACACCAUACGGUAAACAUUGCCGAUAACUCAAUUCAAGGCAGUACCUGGUGUGGAGAGAAUAACCAUCUGCACUUGCAGAAUAUAUUGCUGUCAAUAUUGAAGUUGUUAAUAACGAUUGAGUCGAUAAAUGUUUAAGUUAUUUUGAGGCAACGAGGGGAUAUGUGAUUUAUUCAUAUCAUAUCCCCGAGGUGCCUCAAAAUAACGUACUUAUUUUUCACAUUGGCGAGGUUGCAUUUUAAGACAUAAUUGAAAGAAAUUCGUUUUGAAAGACCAGGGACGCCGGAACUGGGGGCAGGGGGGGCUGCCCCCCUUGCCUUUCGCUAGGGGGGGGCAGGGGGAGGCAGAAGUGCCCUUUUAGUUAUAAAAUACUACGUGAUAAAUCACAUUUCCAGUGAUGCUUUUUCUGGCAAAAUCAUGAGAUUCAGGUAGUUUAUAGGCCCAGAGAAAGUUAAUUUACAAAAAUAAGUGUGAAUUUGGAAAAGAAUGAGGACAAUUUACAAAAAUUUUUGAAAGUUUUUGGAAUUUAGAAAAAUAUUUUGGAUAAAUGCGGAAAAUUGCUGAUAUGCGGUAAAAUUUUUUUACGUCACGGAAAAUUUUGUUAUGUCCGCAAAAUAUUUUGCCCCUAAAAUGGUACACUGACGGGAGGGGAGGACGCCCAAAAAAUUUCCAUGUUAAAAAAAAAUUUAUGGUAAAUUUUGAACUUUUGAUCUAUAGAGGUGCCCUUGGUGUGCGUCUGCCCCCUUUGCCUUUUCAUCGUUCCGGCGUCCCUGUGAAAGACAUUUAAUAAAACGAGUUGUUCAGGUUCAUCAACAGCUGAGUUUAUAGUUGCCGUUGAACUAUGCUUGGCCGACACACAUACAUUGUUUGAUAAACCGUCGUCUUUAGUGAUUGCCUCUGCACACACAUUUAUUAACGCGUCAACCAAACCCGAGCUUUCCUCACCAUGAAAUACGAGUGUAUUUAGUUUCUUGGGGUACCAAGCUAUUGAUAUAUCUAGAUUAUAGCACGUAAACUUUUUCGAACAACCGCCUGGCGAAGACCAUUUGCCAUCCAAUUUAAGAUCGCAUUCGACAAAUUUCUGCAAUAUAUCAAAAGUUCCAAUCCAUUUAAUUCGUUUACUAUCAUACCUUAAGUUGGAAGAAGCUAUAUGAUUACAAAUUUCUUUAGCGUUCCAUAUUUUCGGGAUAUUUUGAUGGAAUUUUGUAGAGCUCACAAAAUUAGAACUGUCCGCCAUUUUGACGAUUUCAAGAAAAAGAAAAAGCCUGAUGAUUAGGGGGGAAUAUUAGAGGGGAAUAUUAUACAGAGGAUUAUUAAUCUAUUGUUUUGCCUUUGAUUUUGGUCAUUGUCUUCAGACCCGCUCUCCUCUGUUGAAAUAAAAAGCAGCCCCCAGCUUUUCAUAUACAUUUAACUGGCAGGGGAUAUUAAAUAUAUUUUCUCUAACGAACAAUGUUCUAUAAAUUGCACUGAAAUGACGCGUUUUGGAGUGGGAUAAGAUUCGACGUCAAUGGAUUGAAAAUGUGCAUGUUAAAUACUUCUUAUUAAAUUGUUUUUUUUCUCCAUCCAUUUUUUUCAUCAUAUUUUUUCUCCAUCCAUCCAUUUUCUUCAUCCAUUCUCCAGGCUGUUAACUAUGAGUAAAUAUACUAUGAAGAGAUUCGGCUAAUACUAUCAGUCGUGCAUUCAGGCCACUCGAUUGAAAGCAAGGUCCCCAGCAGGACAACCAAUGCAACGUUUCGAAGAUUGUUCUAGCAGAGCAAUUUUGAGAGGACCAUUUCAUACAUUAUGCGAUCCUUUGUUUCCAACAUGUCCACGUAUUAGGAGAUGUUGGCGGUGGGAGGGAGAGCAAAUAUGUGUAUUUUCGUGUUUGAUUAUUGCUUAUUUUUACAUUACUCGGUCUCCUUCAACUCAAGUUGGUUCUGUUUGGCAUAAAUAUACUUUAAUGAUUUUUUUCAGGUGACCAUUAUUUCAACUCAAACGAAGGCAAUGAAAUGGACAGUCGUGUUGUACAAAUCAUUGUUCAUCCUAGAUAUGUCAAUUUAAAUUAUGACAUUGGUAAGUUCCAACUUCCACCCGUGGUUCCACGAGCACAAGCUAAAUAAUUUAAUGGUUUGAACAGUGUCCUAAAAAUGCCCCCACUACAUUUUAUAUUAUUAGUCAGCUUUAAUUGAUGUCUCAAGUUUUUAUACUGGAUUUAAUAACAAUAUCACAGAGCAAGUCAUUCUGUGGACAUUUGACUGGUCAAAAUAUACCUUCUAAAUAACCAGAACGUGGCAACAUCCGUAUUCCAAAUUGACCCAAUUAUAGAUAUUAGCUUUAAAGUACUUAAAGGAUUUUAGAAAAGAUUUUAAAAAAGUUUUCUUAGGUAUCUACUGUCGAAACUAUAUCCACUAAAACUGGGAUUUGUGACCUUACCAUCAAAAUUUUGAUUCAUAAGAGAAUUAGUAAUAUGAGGUAGAAGCUUUGGAAAGGUGGUAGAGAUUAAAUCUCAAAAAUGUUUUGUUUUCCUAUCUUUUGUGUCCAAAAAUAACAAAUUAUAGGCAUUUCAGUUCUGUAACACCAAACAUCAUGUAAGAGUUAUUGUUCGCACAGUUAAGGUAUAACGCCCUCAAAAUAACAGUGCAUGUUUUGGUUAACUAGAGAAAACUCAAAACUGUAUACUGUACCUCCCCAAUCGAAAGCUAGUCGAUCAAGUAUCGAUGUAUAAAUUAUACAUGGAUUAAUUAAUUUUCGGCACAGAAAAGAAACGCAAACGCGGCUACGGCCAAGGGCUCCAAAAAUGUUCGUAAAUUGAUUAUUGAAUUAUCCUACAUGACCUACUGACAGACGAUGCCCACCAAAACAAUUGCGCUAAAAACAAAACCUCCUAGUAGAGGUAUAAUAAAGCUACAGUACACUUUUCAUCAAUACUGUGCAGAAUUGUGGUCAGUUAUGCUACAUUUAACACAUUUCCAAACCUAGCUUUUUUUUUCUUCAUUUUAGCUCUGAUCAAACUGUCCCGAAGAGUGACGUUCACACCACAAAUUCAACCUGUCUGUCUUCCACAACAAGGUGUCAUUGUUAAUGAGGUUUCUGGAAAAGAAUGCUACAUCACAGGUGAGGGAAUAUUUUUUAAUAAAUAAAUAAAUAAGUUAUUUGCAUGUUUGUAUGAGAAAAAUAAACUUAUUUGUUUGGUUUGGUUUGUGGGAAAACCUGUUUACUUUUGUGGCAAAGGUUUCGAUCCUUUAUUCCGAAGUCAUUAGUCUGUAGCUAAACUUGAUAAAAGAAACAUCUCACAUAUUAAAAUGAAAUGUGUGUGACAUAAUUUUCUGGUCCGACAGGUUGGGGGCGUACUCGGCCAGGCCAAUCACUUGCAAGGGCCCUUCAACAAGCAAGACUUCCUGUCAUCUCCGAGUCAAAAUGUCGUGAACAUAUGCGAUCUCAUGGUCGAGUAACCCGACAAAUGGUAAAUAUCGGAGAUAAAUUUCCAGUGUGUCGAGCUAUGUUUCAUAACUCUUAGCAACAUUAUACUUCUCAGAAAGAUUUCCCAGUAAAUUUCUUAUGAAUAAAUAAGAAUUCAAAUUUCAACUGAGGUAUAUAUCAAUCCAGAGAGGAAAUUCUAUGUCUGCAACAAUCUUCCCGAGGAAGGACAAUAGAACUGCUGUCACAGUUUCUAGAAAUUCCCUGCUAAAACCGGGCGCGCAACCUUUCCAUGUUUCAGUAGAGGCCUUCACUGGAAGCAGAUGCAAACGGAAAGACGCUUUGGGAAACAUCAAAAUUUCCAAACAUUUCCGCAAUAAUGUUUCGAUAUACGUGGGGCCAUCAAAGCAAAACAUAUAAUCGGUGGCCGAUUUCCUGAAGCACAUUUCACAAAUUGGAAAGCGAAUUUUAAAUGUUAGCUGUUAAAGUCACAUAACUCACAUUUGUCAUUCUACCAAUUGCUUUGACCAAUUAAUAAAAUAGUUAGGUAAGUAUCUUACAAAUAUACACUAGUAGUUUACCACCUAACACGUAUUCUCAUAUGCAUGCAUGCAACCUAACACGUAUUCUCAUACGCAUGCAUGCACGCAUGCAUGCAUUUGAAAACACAUUUCAAAGUGUUUACUUAAUAUUUUGCCAGAUUUGUGCCGGUUUUGGUGGUUCUAGCACAGUCAGUGGUUGCCAGGGUGACUCUGGAGGACCGUUUGUCUGCCGUGAUAAAUCAUCAAAUCGUUGGAUCUUACAAGGGGCUGUUUCUUGGGGAACUAGAACGUGCAGUGCUGGAUAUAAUCAAUUCACAGUAUUUGCACGUGUUUCAGAAUUUGCUAACUGGAUAAAACAACAUGUUGGAUAUGUGCAAUCACCCCCAACUUCUCCACUACACCUUUCGUCAGGUAAUAAUUCAUUUAAUGUAAUGUUUACUUGAUGCAAUUACACAGGUCGUAGGUGCAAAUUCACCCUAGUCAGAGGCUAACGUUACAUGUGCUGACAACAUUAGCCCAAAGGAUUAGUUUUUGAUGAGGGAGGAAAACCGGUCGACCCAGAAAACUACAUCGAAGCACUGGAAAGACCAACCAAAGAAGCACAGAGAGUAAUUCUGUGCAAGUAAAUACCACACGCUGGAUCAAUACCAGCAUAUUCAAUUCAGCGUUAUAACCACAUGCAUCUGUCAUUUCAACCUUCAGGGGCGGACAUAUACGUUUUGACUGGGGGGGGGGGGUGUAAUCACGAAAUGAGACCGACCCACCACUGAAAUGUGAAUCCAGACCGACUCUUGGUGUGUUGCAAGAAAAUUUAAUACAAAGCAUGGAAAUUGAUGUCAUUUAUUAGGAAUCCUGAUUCGUUACUGAACGUAUAACAGUUUUCAAUAAUUUCAGCUUUGAAAAGCUGCGCUCGGCAGAUGCGCAUGUCACAGGAACUGUCAGGUGCGUAACUAGGAUUUUUGAUCGAUCAAGACACUUGGGAUGGGGGGUCUGGGGGCCCCAGAAACGUUUUAAUUUUCUAAGGCUUACAAACGCUAUUUCCUGCAUUCUGGGAGCGGUUGAAACGAAAAAUCAAUUUCAUAAACAGUGACACAAUCGAGCUAUAAUUUUAUACUGUAGUUUGCCCCGAAUCCCUGCCCCAAUUCUUGGUCAAACAUGAUCAGGUGCGUAAUAAAAAAGUGUUUGUGCCCAAUUGUUGUAAUAUUUGGGGCGCUGGCCCGCACUUUUGUACUUCUGCACCUACACAGGCUCCCACUUCUUAGGUCUAUGGAGAGAACUUGAACUGAACUUGAGUUUUCCCAGUUUUAAAGUUUUUUUACGAAUAUUCUUACCGAGUCACCGACUCGAUUGACUCAUAUCUAGUUACGGGCCUGACUGUAAGCAACAAUUAGAAACCGAUCGCCUAGUCCGUUGAAACAAUGUUUCGCUCUGUGUUUUCAGAUAAAUCAGGGCGUCGCUCACUGAUCGAAACUGAUUCUUGAUUGCAGUAUAGGCAUAUCAUGAAAACUCUUUAGUCGGCAAAUCCAAAUUUAUAUCGUGUUACAUGUGAACAUUUGUGACUAUAUAACUCGGUUAAAAAUUCGCUUUUGCACUUUGCAUGUUACGGCUUAUAUAGUUACUUAUAUAGGGAGCGGAGAAAUAUUGUAACUAAUGUAAAGCUAUUUUGAUUUAUAUUCAUCGCAUUUCUGAGUAUGGUUUUGGGAGUUUACUGCAGAACCUAAAUUCCAAAUAAAAGUGCAAACACGUAAUCGUGACAUAUAGAUAUAAGUAAAUGGAAACUUCAUCCCUUGGCGCGGGUUUUGACUGAUAAUAUUUCUUCAUAUUAUUUCUGAGCUGCUUGAUUCCGUUUGAGCAAAUUUUCAACUCAAAAGUUUGAGUCUGAUCGGUCUCCGAGGUUCGAAAAUGUUUAGUUUGCUUUGCAAAGCACCGCGUGUAAACAAACGCAUAAUUUUGAGACCGAUGGAUCAUUUCUCUGGGAGGGGGUGAACCACCCCCCCCCCAGACACACACCACACCCCAUAUUUACGCCCCUGUGACAACCUUGCUUUCCUAGGGUUAGAUUAUUGUGGGUUGGAUUCGCUAUUUAUUGCGUGACUGCGAAUGCAAAGUUACGUUUUCGUCGUCGUUUCCAGGCCAUGUGUGUCGCAUUUCGUGACGUACGCGGGUUGAUGUCGAAUUAAAUGAGACUUCAAUUCCUUUCAGUACGAUUUUGAAGUUUAAGUUUUGCGAUCACAUUUCACAAAUAAAUCAUAAUUUAAAGUGAUACACCAGGCGGAAAUCUUAGUUUAAAGAUAAAGAGCAGAGCCCAGCAAAUAACUUUAAAACCAAACAUAUAUAAAAGUAAAAAUUUUAUUAGUUAUUAGCUAACGUUUGGUAGUUUACAAUACAACAUCUUCAGAGCAAUCUCUCUCUCUCUCUCUCUCUCUCUCUCUCUUUCUAUAUAUAUAUAUAUAUAUAUAUAUAUAUAUAUAUAUAUAUAUAUAUAUAUAUAUAUAUAUAUAUAUAUAUAUAUAUAUAUAUAUAUAUAUAUAUAGUUUUUGUACUGUUACUGAGAUUAUAUUUAGCUACCUUUCUUUUUCUUCUGGAGUAUUUUUUGGAAGUUUCAACGCGUCCUAUAAACAUAAACCAUAGUUUUUAGUAGCACAGUAAGAUAAUCAAAUGCAGUUAUUGUAGUAUUGUUCACUAAUUUGGAAUAUUAUAUAAAAACAAAUAAAUUUAAGGUUCAUUCCAAUGCAGCUUGCUUGAACUUUCAUUGAAAAAUUAUAUAAUUGUACUUUCUAAACUUCUUUUAAAGAUGGCAGUCGAAGACAAAUGACAGUUUCUGGUGACAAUGCAAUACUACCAAAUAUACUAUCAUAGUUUUUAACACAACAAUACUAGUUUCUGGGGGUGUUAGUUUCCAGGCCAUCCUCAUGUUUAAAAAAAUAAUUAAAUGCAGUUAAUUUUUUAGAACUGAUUUAAAGUUUGUUAGUCCACGGCAACCAGUCUUUAAAAUCAGUCAUGUUUUCGCUUGCCACCAGACGAAUUGCAUUACGUUUCGACACUCCAGUCUAGCUGCAUGUCUUCAUCGGGGUCGCGUGAUAGGCAAUUCUUUAGAUUGGACAAACUGAAAGUAUUAGAAUCACUUUAUUCUUACCAUGUACAUAUUAAAAGCGUUUGUGUCCGCAUCAACCAAAGGAAUUAAAUCAACCAUAACCUGGUAGACUGGAGGAAUUAACUUUCUCAUUGUGGAGUCAAGAUUUUCGUAUUUUUUCUUGCCGAAAGUCAUCCAGCCAACCAUUGUACUAAGAGCGGCACCCUGCAGA